AGCGAGCCUUCGGAGGUCUGCCGUGAAGGCCACGCUUGCAUGGCGGAGAUUGAGGUCUCCGAUGUCAAGAAGAAGGCGGAGAGCAAUAAAGUCUCGAAGAUCACAAUCUCUGAAGGACAGAAGAUCGUGAAGGCAGCAGAUCCAUAUCCGUCCAGAGCGAUUCCAUUGCGGGCAUUGGAGGAAGAUGACUAUGUGGAAGCGGUUUCUGCCUUGAUCGAACGAGACUUCUUUCCAGAUUUGCCUCACUUGCGGGCGCGAUAUGAGUUGAUGCAAGCUCGACUCCGUGGGGACAAUGCUUUAGCGAAGGCCCUGGAGAAGAAGUUGUUGGAGCUGCCCAGAGCCACCCCGGGUGGCACGCCUCGACCAGCCGGGAUCGCGGCGACACCAACUGACGAAGCCAUCGGAGCUGGAGCUACCGCUGGUACCGCCGCUGCAGCUAGGCUCAGCGCUUGGGAAAGAGAUGAUGGUGCUGAGAGUGUGGCCAGCGCUAAUGCUGGAAGCGUAGCAAAUUAUUCGCAAGUGCUGCUUCGAUUGAUGAGUGGCCGCGAGGUGGUGGUGGAUCUUUCUACAGUUCGUUUGGAUGAUUUUCAGAAGGUCUUUACUUCCGAAGACAAUGCGUCCUUCGAAGCCGUGUUGGAGAAAGACCGAGAACGACGUCGGCAGAAAGAGUGGUGGGUUGAAGGAUCUGAAGAGAAACACAACACGAAAUGCCAAGCAUUGAAGGAUCAAAUCUCUGAGUCUCACAGUACAGGUGAGAUCAUGACUUGUGAAUUCCAGGCACGAAAUACAUUUUACUUCAAGCCCAGAGGUGAAAUUCCUGAGCUCAUCGAGAAACCCACUGUGGAGUCCCGAAAUACUCGCUUCACCACACAAGAGCAAAGUGAUCUCGACGAAACCUUAAUCGCUGCCAUUGCAGCCAGACACGCACGAGAGAGUGGACAACAGUUUUCUGAAGUCUUAGCAAAAAUGGUGAAAGAUGGCACCUUUUCUGUGGCCGCGCUGCAUAGUCAUGGCAAUGUACGAGCAGUUGGUGGACGUUUGCAGACCCCCAUGGGCCAGGCAGGUUCCUAUCCCAUGGUCAACACUCCUGCGUUGCUGCCGGGAGAGAAUGGCUUCUCUCCGCUGAUGACUUUUGGAAAGAUUGCAUCUACUCCUCGGGUGUUGGACGAGGAGAACGGGCCAACUUUCCGAGUCCAGGAAGAAUCUGCCAGGGAUCGGGCAGCUGACAAGUUGGCCAAAGGGGCCAUGCAGAAGCAGAGGGAAUCCAGGCAGAACUCCAAGAAGGAGCGCUUGAAGGCCCUGGGCGUGACGCCCGGCGCCAGUCCCAACUCAGCACGGCCAACUCCGGCGUCCGUGGCGUCGAAGGUGACACCGAUGACGCCCAUUGGACAGCUGCUCCAUCGAGCACAGAGGAUGGCCCAAAAAGGGGGGCGUUUGCGAAUUGCUUCAAGCCAACGAACUACGCCAACGCCUUCAGAAAGAGAGGUCAAAAGACCGCGCACCAGCAGGACGACACCUGUGCAGAUGCCGUCGGCCACCAUUCCGUCUUCUCUGAUGGCCGACCUGCUGUGACGCGCUCCACCGCACGCUCAGUAGGAGCCAAAGUGGUGUGCCCAGAACGCGGUGGACAAUGGACAGACACAUGUGCGUUUCACUGAAAAUUGCACCCAGCUGGGCAUUGGGCGUAGACAUACAUACCAAAUCAUAUACUGUACAUCGCUCGCCUUUGCACAAAGGGUGAUUACAGCUCUUCUCUGUGUGAUGUCACAGACUCUUGGACUUCGCCAUACUUCACAGCUUGG